GGCCGAGGCGCGCCCGUGGCGGCCGUUAAAAAUGGCGACUGUCACCGAAUUGAAGGCUGUUUUAAAGGAUACCUUGGAAAAAAGGGGAGUCUUAGGGCAUUUAAAAGCGAGCAUUCGAGCAGAAGUUUUCAAAGCCCUAGAUGAUGAAAGUGAACCCCGACCAACGUUGUCUCAUGAAAACCUUCUUAUUAAUGAAUUAAUUCGGGAGUAUUUGGAAUUCAACAAAUAUAAAUAUACAGCGUCUGUCCUCAUAGCAGAAUCUGGUCAACCUGUAGUUCCAUUGGACAGGCAAUUUCUCAUCCGUGAACUAAAUGCAUUUGAAGAAUCGAAGGAUAAUACAAUACCUCUUUUAUAUGGGAUUUUAGCUCAUUUCUUGCAUGGAAUUAAGGAUGGCAUCCAAAAUACAAUUCUGAAAGGAUCUUCACUUCAGCCUCCAAAUCCAAAUCUUGGUAGACAACCUAGUGGAAGAGAGCAAAUGGAUAUGAAGAAGAAAUAAAGGCUUUUCCAGACAAAGAAAAGCUGAAGGAAUUUAUCACCACAAGACCUGCAUUAUAAGAAAUGAAAGGAGCUCUUUUACGUGAAACAAAAAACCAAAAGUAUACAAAAUUUUGAGUAAGAUGACAAACAGAAGCAGGAAAUUGCAACUCUAUUUCAGAAUAGGUUAUUAAACACUUAAUUAUAACACAAAAAUAAAGGGGGAAAAUCAUUUUUUUAAAAACCCCUUUGUGCUCUGUAGGCUCCCUGAUGGCUCUAGCAUUCCAGUGGUGAGUUCUUUCUGUUCCAAAGCUCGCUCCUUCAGUGUAUAUAAAAACCAUGUUGCUAACAGUUAAUAUUAUGAGAAUUUUACAUAACUUCUAAACUCCAGUUUCAAAGAAAAAUAAGCAGUGGAUAGAAUAUCUGCAAGAAUAGGCAAGGAAUUGGUAUAUUGUGUCUGGGGAGGAGAUAUGGGUGCUUAAGAGACCGGAGUAAAGAAACUUCACGUUUGUAACCCUUUUCACGUUCCUUUUGAAUUUUGAACCAUGCAUUACUGCAUUAGUAUUUAGGUAAGAACUCUAUGCCAAAAUGUGCUUCAGUAUAGCAAGACUACAAGAAUGUGUAGAUGAUGAAGGCGAGCAAUUUGAGCACUCACGAGAUUGUAUCCGAGUGUGCCGUGCCAUUGCGACAUUCCUUUGGUUAAUAAAGCUGUUGUAGUAAUCGUAACCUGCAUGUCUUUUUCCAUAUGAACAACUGUAAACCCACUUUUGCCA